AUGCAAGUCAAUGUCUCCUCUCGAGGGCUUUCUCUCGCGCCCAAAGUUCCCGUGUUUUUUGAUGUCCUCAAAGACCUUUGGGAUCCUGAAUCCAAUCCAAAUGGCACCGUGAACCUCGGUCUUGCUGAGAAUUCGUUGACCCACACGGAAUUGAAGGAAUAUAUUAAUUCCAAGCCUCGUGCAGACUAUCAUUCGUUGACCUACGGGGAUGGAUUUUCAGGCUCGAAGAACCUGAAAAAGGCUCUUUGCCAUUUCAUGAACCGCCAUUUCCACCCAUAUAGGACUCUCAUCCCCGCUCACAUGUGCAUUACAUCUGGAGCCAGCAAUGCUAUUGAGAAUUGCGCUUGGGCAUUGUGUGAUCCGGGCGACUGCAUACUUGUUGGGCGUCCAUAUUGGACUACUUUCAGAUCUAUCUUUGGAAACCGUGCUGGUGUCAACAUAAUUGAGGUCAACUUCGGCGCCAUAGACCCGUUUAGUUUGGAAGCGGUUGAGGAAUACGGAAAGGCGUUUAUCAAGGCAACUGAACAGGGUCAGAAGAUCAAAGCAGUUUUGCUUUGUUCUCCAAACAAUCCUCUCGGCCGCUGCUAUCCCGCCGAAGUCUUGAAGGCAUACAUGAAGCUUUGCCAGAAACUAAAUAUGCACCUUAUCUCUGACGAACUGUAUGCGCUGUCAGUCUGGGAUAACCCUGAAUAUGAGAAUCCCACACCCUUCACAUCUGUCUUGUCGAUAGACACGGAGAAUCUCAUAGACCCCGAAAAGGUGCACGCCGUGUGGGGAAUGAGUAAGGAUUUUGGUGCAACGGGGCUACGUAUUGGAACCCUAAUCAGCCAGUCCAACACGACAUUCUUGGAGGCGUGUGAAAGCAUAUCAUUAUUUAGUUUCCCGUCCAGUCUCGCUGACAACGCUGCGGCAUCGCUAUUUUUAGACGAGGGAUGCUCCGAUCACCUUGUUUCUCUCAAUCGCUCACGGCUGUCAGAAAACUAUCAACACGUUGUCAAAGCCCUCAGGGGUCAUGGGAUCCCGUACAAAAACUCCAACGCUGCUCUCUUUGUCUGGGUUAAUCUGGGCGCGGUGGUGGACCGAGAGAAGAUGUCGGACGAGGUGAUUUUGCAGACCCUACGCAGAGAAAAGCUCUAUAUUACGUCUGGGUCUACCUACGCCAGCGAACAGGCGGGCUGGUUUCGGAUCGUAUUCGCGCACCCUAAGCAUGUAUUAGACGAAGGAUUAAAGCGUCUUAUUCGUGCAAUAAUGUAAAUCGCUAGUGAGCUGUCUAUUUAC